AUGAUGAUCAAGGAGCGGCCAUCGCUCAUGCUUCGCAAAUUCAUGCGACACCUUGCCUCGAAAGGUGCUUCGGAGAAUCAUACCUCAAGCCAGCGUCCAGAAGGCCCCUCAUACUCACCAGAAUCUUGCUGGCCAUAUGGGCCUUUUCAAAAACAAUACUGUUUCUUCUAUGGGACUCUAAUGGACCAAUCAACACUUGCAAGAAUUCUACAACUACCGGAGCCCCCUAGCAUGCGACCAGCUAGGGUGGUAGGAUACCAUGUCAAGAUGUGGGGACCAUAUCCUGCCUUACUUUGUGGACCGCCGCUUCACCCGGUUGAUGGCCUGGCAUAUGAAGUCCAGUCGCAGGAAGAACUCGAAAGACUAAGCGCCUACGAGACUAGCAAGUAUCGCGUCAAGCCUUGCAUGAUCGACUUUCCUGGAGAGAAUGGUGGCGAGGAGGAGUCGGUUGAGGGUAAUCUCUUCAUAUGGAAUGGGGAUCCCAAGGAACUACAUGAAGGAAAUUAUGAUCUUGAGAUAUGGUCACAGAAACAGCAGCCGAGGGGAACAUAA